AGUUUAGACGGAGACAUCGAGGCGUGCAGACGUGUGGUUCACGACCGGAACACAAGCCAUAGAAAAUCGUCGCAAAAAUGGAAGAAAUUAAACCAAGAAUACGCUCUAUAGUUUUAUCAAAAGGCCGAACUACUUCAGAAACAGAGUUUCGAAAGGAAUAUUACGAUCUUCUUGGAGAGAAUUUCGAUGAUGUCCUGCGAAGAUACAAGAUGUCGUUUUAUGAAUUUAUGCAGAAAAUUCCAGAUAUAUGCCAGGUAAGGAUGAAGAGAAACGAGUGCUUUAUAUCUUAUGUAUCAAGCAAAGAGACGCAACAUAUGGAUAACUUGACAAUAUUAAAGAAGAAAGCUUGUAAAACUCCAAAAGUAUCACCGAGUUAUUCACCGUUCAAAUAUAAAAAUUCAUAUAAUAAUAUUAAAGUUUCAUAUGAUCAAAAAACAAAAUAUCGUGAAGUUUCCAUAGGAACUUCCUACCUUGGAAAGAAAUCCAAAAAGUUCUACGAAUCACUUCCACUGCCGCCACAUUUGAGUAAACCUACAAUCGUAUUCAAACAGGAGGAUAUCAAAAAGAGUAAAACUGUUGAAUCAAAUGACAUUGAAGCUGAGACAAUUCAUAAUUUUCGUCAUUUGUCUUUGAGCACGACAACAACGUCUAAGUUUCCAAGUCAAAGUUUGCAGAAUAAGAGUCAAAAUGUUUCAGAGACAAACAAUCUUCUUAACGACAGAGAAGCUUCAAACGCGUCGUCUCGUUGCCAGAACUCUACUGACUUAUCAGCGCAACAGUUUAAGAACACAUUUUUGAAUAUGCAUGCCUUAAAAACUGAAACAUAUAGAAAUUACAUUACUGGCUUGUUUUCUAUUCCUUGCCCGAAAAUGAUGCAAAUACCAGGUCAUAAUUUCUUCGAAAUUGAGGUUGUCGAGUUUACACCGUCAUUGUUUAUGUUUACUCACAAUCACGAUCAAAUGUCAGCAAUAGUGAUGAUGAAUGAAAUGAACAUUCAUUAUAAUAAUUUGGGAGAUUCCAAGGAACUAAUGGUUUUGGCUGUUAACAAAGGUAUGUCGGUUGCUGUUGCUGAUGAGGGCAAAUGGUGGCGAGCUGAAGUUCUAGAUGUUGAAGAAGGGGAAGCAAUUCUUGACUUUGUCGAUUUAGGAGUUCGUAAAAUCGUCAACUUGAAAUUCCUUCGUUAUCUUGAGAGAGGUUUCGCCACAGUCACAAGAAAAUCUUGCAGAGGUUCACUUUUUGGAGUGACACCAAAUAAUAAAGGUUUGCAAUUUAGGUUAAAGACGAAACAUAGAAAAAUGAAAGCAACAAUUAAAGGACAUCACAAUAACAUCUAUCAAUUAUCCAUUGUUGACAAUUUAACAAAUCGUAUAACUAUCGAAGAGUAUUUAAUUUCUCAAGGAUCUGCAGUUCGAAUCCCAGGCAUAGAUCAUUCCAUGAGUGCUAUUUUGAUUUAAAUCAUGGCCUCAUUAAAAUGAUUCAGAGAUGUCAUAAAUUAAAUAUUUAAUUGAUAUUCCUUAUUUUCCCAAUGCACCAACUGUAACACAGUUUUUGAAUGAAAUGAAAUCUUAAAUUAAUAAAAAUCCAUAUCAAUUGACUUUUUUUUUUUUAAU